CGUAGAUCGAACAUUCCAUCACCAGAAAUUGUCGUAUAGUUGGUCGUCUGGUCCCACCAGUAAGAACUAUUUCAUCAACCAACCAAGCAACAACAACAACAACAACAACAGCAGCAACAACAACAACGAUGAAUGCACUCAAGAAUUUAGUUGUGGUGGGGAGACGGAAUCGCGCCAGCUCCGUCGUUAGCGACGACGACGACGACGACGACCGAGAUUUCUGUUGUCACCGCCGCGACGCCAAGACCGAGGGUGGCGGUGCGGGGGAACGCGUGGCGGGGACUGCGCCGACCACGGGUACUACCGGGCGUCGCGACGACAACGCCAGGAGACGCGCGAGCCUGUCCCUCUACGGGAGGCGCUGCUCCGACAGCGACCUCAUGGCGGUGGUCACCUCGAACAAGUUCGAGAGCGACCAGGCCUUUGCGACGGUAGCCCGAACGAUGCUGCACAGGUACGAGGUUGAGGGUGCGAGCGAGAGGGAGGCGAUUGAUGCCGUCCUUUGCACGGCGGAGGACAAGCGGGCCUUUAUCGAGGCCCUCGACUCCAAGCACGCAACCCUAGUGAGAGCCGACACCGACUCCUUCGAUGGCGAAAGAAACGCUAUGGACGACGACGCCGUUUCGGAAAUCGUACACCAAACCAGGUCGGUGUUUGAUGCGGCGCUCAAAACCAUGUGGAGAGAAGAGCUGGCGUCCUCGGCGGCAACCCCGGGUAGGGCGGAACGAGACGCCGAAGCCAUGAUAGAACAGCAGCGAAGCGACAACGACCGCGAAUACCGAAGACAACACCAGCCAAAGACCCCCAAAAACCUGCGCAUGUCCCCGAUGCAGACCUCCUUUCGGUACAAGAAGAACCACUACGGGGACAUUUCUCGGAGCGACAGCUGCGACAGCACCUCGACCACCGGCAGCAACAUUUUCCAGCCCCUCAAGCGGCGGCGGCGCUGGUUUUUCGCAGAGAACGGCAAACCGCAGGGCAGCGAACGGCCGGUCACCCCGCCUUCGCCGCAAACAAAACCAUUUCCGAUCAAGGCGGUCCUUCCAAAGUUCCACUUCGACUUUGGUGGCAGCAUUGGGGGGUCGUCGAAGAAGAAAACACAGCUCGUCUGGACCCGACCGGUUCGGUCCCUCGAGCUCGAUGGAACAUCGUCUUCAUCGUCGUCGGCGCUGUGCUACAUGCCUCCCACGAGUCCGAUUCACAAGGUUUCGGUGGAAUGGAACGCGAACAGCGGCAGCUGACUGGCAGCCGCCGCUUGCACACACAAAACACGGGGAGAAUGUUUGUUGAUCGGGCAGCAGAUGCAAACCAGUCGGCCAGCCACAUUGGUUCCUUGGGAAACUAGCACCUGUAAAUUAUCUCAAUCGAUCAAUCACAAUCAAUUCAUUGCGAUUGAACAUACGGUAGACUGCUAACAUCAUAAAGUACUAUAGAAACU